CGCGUGGAGUUACGCGUUCCCCUGGGAGGGGAGGCUGGGCUAGAGACAGCCUGUGGAUCAAUUUUAAAUCUCCAACCAAAAAAAUUACCAUACCGUGAUGUUACCUGUGGCACUCAGCUAACUUCUUACAGCAUGGUUGAGUUAACUGUGGACAGAUUUGCUCACUAAAGUUAUUGAGUGACUCGUGCGCGGCUACAACUUCAGGACCACCGGCUGUCCAGGCUGUGUGUGUGGACAUCAUCAACCUCCAGACGACGCGAUGUCUGUAUGUAAAGAGGCUGGAGCGGAAUGAACUCGACCGGCGAUAUGAACCAUGGCCUGGCGAGUGUGGUCAAAACUCUGCUGUGGUCAAAAAUGGCUGCUCCUCCUCUCACCCCUCUUCCUCCUCCUCCUCAUGAUUUCUGUAAUGGCCAUGACUCUGCCCCAUCCUUUGCCGCACACCAACAUUGAAUGGCGGUCAUCCCGAGCCCUAAGCUCUGCUGGGAAGUUCAGACUCAGGCCCAGAGUCACGGAGCUCCCUCAUAUCCACAGCGAGGCCUGGAAAUUCAGCACUCGAAAAGAGACAUCAAAACAUUCAGUGCUACCUAAACCUUUGGGGGCUAGUGACAAAAACAGCAUCAAAGAGGGACAUUUCACAGACUUACACAGACAUAAACACAGAAACAAAGGCAUCGCUUCCAGAAGAAAAGAGAUGGCAGGCGCCACCCAGCAUCCAACCAUUCAUCAUCAUCCCCAUCUCCCAGAGUUUACAGUCAAUAGCACAGGGCCAAAGCAUAGAAUUAAGCCAAGCAACCACAGUAUUGUGGUAAAGCACACUGCACAGGCCUACAUUCAUCUACAAAGGAGCAAAUCCACAGCAGCACAUUUCCCUGCUCCAGCAAAUACCUUAAUAAGUGGCAGACGAGCUGUGGACAGACUGGCAGGCAGAUGGGAGGAUAGACACACAAACAGGAAUGCAGACACACAAAGACAUGGCAGCUAUACAAGUGCAAAACCAACUGAAUAUCACCGGGCUUUGGAAAAACACAGACAAGCAACAAAGCACUCUGGGAAAUCUGACAAAGUUGGUAAGGAGCAGCAGGCUGUGAAAAAGCCCUCCAGGGAUCUUAAAAAACACCAGAAUCUCUCAGAGGAUCCCUCUGAAGCAAAGAACAACCCUGGGGAGUUGCGCCAUGGAAAGGCUUUGUCCAAACUAGAGUCAGCAGUAAAGAUAGAUGACAACGGCUGGUGUCAGAGCUUUAGAGACCAGGACUUCCCAGACAGUGACCACAGGAGGAUCAGGAUUAGUCCAGAUCUCAGGCCUCUUCCCUGGCUCUCUGACGAUGACAUCCAGAGGAUGGAGCUCCUAGCUGGGGGUGAGGUGGUCAGUAAGAACAGGGUGCCUGCACAUGGACAGGUGCUCAGAGUGGCGCUGGAUCCUCCUAUGCACCAGCAGCAGCCAUCUUCCCAGAGGGGCUCACCUGAGCAUGGACCUGGCCACAGACACCCAGAAACCCACAGUGAGCGCUGCCAGCAGGGGCACUGCUCCCUGAUCAAACGCACUGAUGACUGGUUUGAAGUGUUUGCCUUCCACCUGGACAGGGUACUGGGACUCAACAGAAGUCUCCCUGCGGUGCUGAGGACUUUCCACAGUGAGAUUUUACCCUAUCGAUACAUCAGUGGCAUCCCCAGACCUGUAGUAUGGUGGGAUCCAGAUAUUCAGCACCUCACUGAUAGAGACAACGACCAGAACUCAGUAGCACUCAGCUGGACCCAGUACCAGAGGCUGCUGCAGGUUCACUGUGGGAGAGAAGCAGACUUGGGGACAGCACCCUGUGUGGGAGUUCAACACUCAGAGUGGGGUAGACUGGCCUUCUUUGACUUCUUAUUACAGGUAAAUGACCGUCUAGACAGGUGCUGCUGUGGUUUCACACCUGAUCCAACAGAACUCUGCGUGGAGAACCUUCUGCACGCUAAGUGUGGCAACACCAAUGAACUACUGCUGGUUCACAUCCUGGUAAGGAAGGAGGAUCCCUCCAGACUGGUGUUCAUAGACAAUGCUGGCAGACCACAACAGUCCAUCAACAACCUCAACUUCAGGCUAGUUGAGGGCAUUGAUGAGUUUCCGGAGAGAGCAGUGUCAGUGCUCCAGUCAGGCUGUCUGGAGAGUCUUCUUCUACGCUCCCUUUACACAGACAGGGAACUCUGGGACAGCCAAGGUGGGGCCAGAGGUUUCAGGCCUCUCAUCCACACUAUAGAACACAGAGGGAAGAUUCUCCUUCAGCACAUGAGAGACAAGAAACUACAGCUUAUGAGGGACCUGUGACUGAGCUGAGCAAACCAAACUAAUAAAACACAUUGUCUGGGUUGAUAAGCUGAUUGUCAAGAUGGCAUUUUGUCAGUGUAAUCAAACAGAGAUCAUUCUGUAGCAAAAUAGGUUUUGAGUGAGCAGACCUAUCUUGCAGGCAUGCUUGGAUGUAAAUGGAUGGACCUGCAUUUGUAGUAGUGCUUUUCUAGUCAUCCGACCACUC